AACACGUGGAACGCAAACCAGGAAGUGUUUCCUGAACAAUGUACCAUGUGUAUAUCACAAACAUCAUCCACAUGGUGACAGAGUGAGGUUAGUGAAUUCUGAUAUAUCUACCUCUGUGUAUAAUAUGGGAUCUGCAUAGGAUAUAGUCUGUGUAUUAGGAGGGGAGAGGUAGGUGUCCUGAUGUCUGUGUAUUAGGAGGAGGUGAGAGGUAGGUGUCCUGAUGUCUGUGUAUUAGGAGGAGGUGAGAGGUAGGUGUCCUGAUGUCUGUGUAUUAGGAGGGGGUGAGAGGUAGGUGUCCUGAUGUCUGUGUAUUAGGAGGAGGUGAGAGGUAGGUGUCCUGAUGUCUGUGUAUUAGGAGGAGGUGAGAGGUAGGUGUCCUGAUGUCUGUGUAUUAGGAGGAGGUGAGAGGUAGGUGUCCUGAUGUCUGUGUAUUAGGAGGAGGUGAGAGGUAGGUGUCCUGAUGUCUGUGUAUUAGGAGGAGGUGAGAGGUAGGUGUCCUGAUGUCUGUGUAUUAGGAGGGGGUGAGAGGUAGGUGUCCUGAUGUCUGUGUAUUAGGAGGAGGUGAGAGGUAGGUGUCCUGAUGUCUGUGUAUUAGGAGGAGGUGAGAGGUAGGUGUCCUGAUGUCUGUGUAUUAGGAGGGGGUGAGAGGUAGGUGUCCUGAUGUCUGUGUAUUAGGAGGAGGUGAGAGGUAGGUGUCCUGAUGUCUGUGUAUUAGGAGGAGGUGAGAGGUAGGUGUCCUGAUGUCUGUGUAUUAGGAGGAGGUGAGAGGUAGGUGUCCUGAUGUCUGUGUAUUAGGAGGAGGUGAGAGGUAGGUGUCCUGAUGUCUGUGUAUUAGGAGGAGGUGAGAGGUAGGUGUCCUGAUGUCUGUGUAUUAGGAGGGGGUGAGAGGUAGGUGUCCUGAUGUCUGUGUAUUAGGAGGAGGUGAGAGGUAGGUGUCCUGAUGUCUGUGUAUUAGGAGGAGGUGAGAGGUAGGUGUCCUGAUGUCUGUGUAUUAGGAGGAGGUGAGAGGUAGGUGUCCUGAUGUCUGUGUAUUAGGAGGAGGUGAGAGGUAGGUGUCCUGAUGUCUGUGUAUUAGGAGGAGGUGAGAGGUAGGUGUCCUGAUGUCUGUGUAUUAGGAGGAGGUGAGAGGUAGGUGUCCUGAUGUCUGUGUAUUAGGAGGAGGUGAGAGGUAGGUGUCCUGAUGUCUGUGUAUUAGAAGGAGGUGAGAGGUAGGUGUCCUGAUGUCUGUGUAUUAGGAGGAGGUGAGAGGUAGGUGUCCUGAUGUCUGUGUAUUAGGAGGAGGUGAGAGGUAGGUGUCCUGAUGUCUGUGUAUUAGGAGGAGGUGAGAGGUAGGUGUCCUGAUGUCUGUGUAUUAGGAGGAGGUGAGAGGUAGGUGUCCUGAUGUCUGUGUAUUAGGAGGAGGGGAGAGGUAGGUGUCCUGAUGUCUGUGUAUUAGGAGGAUGUGAGAGGUUGGUGUCCUGAUGUCUGUGUAUUAGGAGGUGAGAGGUAGGUGUUCUGAUGUCUGUGUAUUAGGAGGAGGGGAGAGGUAGGUGUCCUGAAGUCUGUGUAUUAGGAGAAGGUGAGAGGUAGGUGUCCUGAAGUCUGUGUAUUAGGACGGGAGAGGUAUGUGUCCUGAUGUCUGUGUAUUAGGAGAAGGUGAGAGGUAGGUGUCCUGAUGUCUGUGUAUUAGGAGGAGGUGAGAGGUUGGUGUCCUGAUGUCUGUGGAUUAGGAGGUGUCCUGAUGUGUCUGUGUAUUAGGAGUUGCGAGGUAGGUGUCCCUGAUGUCUGUGUAUUGGGAGGGAGGUGAGAGGUAGGUGUCCUGAUGUCUGUGUAUUGUUAGGAGGAGGUGAGAGGUAGGUGUCCUGAUGUCUGUGUAUAGGGAGGUGAGAGGUGGGUGUCCCUGAUGUGUCUGUGUGUGUAUUAGGAGGGUGAGAGGUAGGUGUCCCGAUGUCUGUAUAUUGGGAGGGAGGUGGGAGGUAGGUGUCCUGAUGUCUGUGUAUUAGGAGGAGGUGAGAGGUAGGUGUCCUGAUGUCUGUGUAUUAGGAGGAGGUGAGAGGUAGGUGUCCUGAUGUCUGUGUAUUAGGAGGAGGGGAGAGGUAGGUGUCCUGAUGUCUGUAUAUUAGGAGGAGGUGAGAGGUAGGUGUCCUGAUGUCUGUGUAUUAGGAGGAAGUUGAUGGAAUGUGUUUGAUGACUGUGUGUUAGGUGUGGAUCGUUGUACCUGUGAAUGAAUAUUACGUUAUUUGAUGGGAAGUGCUGUUGCCCUUUUAUUUUUCAUGUUUUUUUAUGUUUCUGUUUUUAAAGAAUGGGUUAGACUUUUUUUUCCUGAGAAGCUGAGACAUAAAAUGGAACGAGAAAGAGGUAGUCGUGAGUGGGAUUGGAGCUGCCCUCAUACCCGUAGACGCCUUGAAGACCUAUAUUUUGGUGAGCGUGGAUACAUCAAGGCUGGCUCACAAGAAAGCAAAGAGUUCUGGUUAUUUUUUGACCGAUUCCAAAGGUUCCACAAUCAAUUGAAAAAAAACAAGAUAAAUAAAGACAGAGAAUUCGAGGAUGAAAAGAAGUCGAAGGUUAUUGACCUUCCCAAAGAAUAUGACCCAAGGUAUCGUAUUAAUGUGUCCAUCGUCCUCAGCAGGGAUGUGGAGAGAGCGCUUCAUGGACACCAUAGAGAAAAAGGACAUAGGUCAAGAGAUUGUGCAGAUCUGCCUACAGAGAAACUGGCCGAGUUUAAGAAAGCAAUCCUUCAUUAUUUGGACUUUACUCAGAAACAGAGCUUUGGGAAGCUGGCCAAGCUUCGGAAAGAAAGGUCAAACUUGCCAAUCUUCCAGUACAGGGAGAAGAUUAUUCAUAUGGUGAGAGAUCACCAAGUGGUGGUGGUGGCAGGAGACACCGGAUGUGGAAAGUCCACUCAGGUACCACAGUACCUGUUAGCAGCUGGAUUUGGGCACAUAGCUUGCACUCAACCUCGUAGGAUAGCUUGUAUUUCGUUAGCGAAGAGAGUUGGUUUUGAAAGCCUCAAUCAAUAUGGUUCAAAGGUGAGUGAAUUUUUUAAAUGGACGUUUUAAUCUUAAAUAAUGUGACCUAUAAUGAGACAUGUUUAAUAGGUUAUAGGGACAUUGCCAUGUAGGAAUAAAGUGAUGUAAUGGAACAUUAAGUGUCCUUACUGAAAUAGUUUGUGAUGAUUAGUAUGUGCUUUACUUUGUAGGUUGGCUACCAAAUCCGUUUUGAAAGUAGCCGGUCUCCUGCUACGAAGAUUGUUUUCUUGACUGAGGGCCUCCUCCUUCGCCAGAUUCAAAAGGACUCAGAGGUGCCGCAGUACCAGGUCCUUAUUGUAGAUGAAGUUCAUGAGCGACAUCUUCACAGCGACUUUCUGUUGGGCGUCUUGCGCCGGAUUCUGCCACUGCGACCUGAUCUGAAGGUCAUCCUAAUGUCAGCUACCAUCAACAUUAAGCUCUUCUCUGGUUACUUUGACCAGGCUCCUGUCCUGCAAGUUCCAGGGAGACUUUUUCCUAUACAGGUAGCUACUGAAUUGAACGCGUCAUUCUAAAUGAAGCUGCUAUAUUUCUUGCUUAAUGUGUAUCUCUGUUCCAGGUGAUCUACCAGCCAGUCCCUCAGGAAGAGGCAGCAUCGAAAACCGAGAAGCUGGAUCCAAGGCCGUUUCUGCGAGUGUUGCAGGCUAUUGAUCACAAGUAUCCAGUUGACGAGCGAGGAGACCUUUUGAUCUUUCUUAGUGGGGUGACUGAGAUUAGCAGCGUGUUAGAAGCUGUGCAGGUCUACGCUACUCACACUCAGCGCUGGAUUGUUCUCCCACUUCACAGCACUCUUUCCCUCGUUGAACAAGACAAGGUGUCUGCUGUUAAAUUGUCAUUUUCUUUCUAUGUUUGUCUAUACUCUGUCACUUCUUGGCUCCUAUCAUUUACCUUUACUUAAGACGUCUGCUUUCAGAUUUCCGAGUUACUGUGUGUGGCUGUCUCACCUCUCCAGGCCUACCCUGUGUUUGGUUUUUCUCUCUCAAAGGGUCCCACAAAUUUUUAUUUUUAAUGUCCCAGAGUGAGACCCAGAUGAAAUAGAAAGUUUAGGCAGCGUUAUAGGACUUUUUGCAGGUACUGUAUUUCUCCUCCCCAGGAUUUCACAUGGAGGGAUCUCUAUAAUGUCAGUGCUGGGUCUCAUUAUUAAGUGUCUGUCUUGUGUUGCUGUGAAGAGCCUUGUAGCCUGGCUGAGAAUAUGGCACACAGAGGAGAAAGAGAGGGGAAGAACUCUGUCUGCGAUCUCCCAAUCCAGCGCGUUUCAGGUCACUGUUGCUGUGAAAAGCAAUACGGUCCCUGCAAUGUUACUGGUGUCCGUCAUACGUUAAACACGUUAGUGCUUUCCAUAUGCAGGUUUCAAUGGCAAUAAACGUUGAUCUAAUUUACAGCAAAGGCUGCACUAUUUAUUGCAUUCUGUACGGGCUGCACUAUUUAUUGCAUACUGUACGGGCUGCACUAUUUAUUGCAUACUGUACGGGCUGCAUUAUUGCAUACUGUACGGGUGCUGUCUUCUCCAAUGCAUAUGAGGUAGAGUUUAAUUUUAAUAAAGGUGUUUUUUAGAACGUAUGUUGUUAUGUUAUAUUACAGGUCGCUGGACUAAUAAUACUAUUGAACAAUGAGCCGCCGAUAUAAAGCCAAGCAGAUAACUCUCAGAAAAAAAAAAAAUAUUAAGAACCAUUGAUAUAGAAUGUUUUAAUAAAGUAAUAAAAUAUAUAUGUUCUGUAUGUCGUUGUAGGUGUUUGACUUAGCGCCACCUGGUGUCAGAAAAUGUAUAAUUUCCACCAAUAUCGCGGAAACCUCUGUCACGAUAGAUGGGGUGAGAUUUGUACUUGAUUCAGGUGAGUACUGCAAAAUGUUCCGCCUAUAUUUUCUGAAAUGUGAACUAAAUUUUUAUAUUUCGCACAAUCUAACAUAAUAAUCUGGAAAAAAAGGAAUAUUAAGAACAGCGCAAAUGUUACUAGGUAGCAAUGUAAACAGUGCCUGUUCUCUGAAAAGGAAGUGUUUACAUUGAAAAGCCUUCAGGGACAGGCUAUAGACACCAGAACCACAACAUUAAGCUGUAGUGAUCCUGGUGACUAUCGUGUCCCUUUAAGAAUUGUAUUUUUGUUGUUGAAUAUAAAGCUAUGUAAGUUUAAAAAAAAUGAGGCUUCUAACUUUUUUAGCUGUAUCCUAGAUUCAAAGCAAAUUUGUCAAGCCCUGCUGUAUGUUAAAAAAUAUAACUAUAUCAAAAUGUUAAAUCGUUUUAAAAGAUUAUCCAAAAUAUUAAAGGACCACUAUAGGCACCCAGACCACUUCAGCUUAAUGAAGUGGUCUGGGUGCCAGGUCCAGCUAGGAUUAACCCUUUUUUCUAUAAACAUAGCAGUUUCACAGAAAAUGCUAUGUUUAUAAAUGGGUUAAUCCAGCCUCUAGUGGCUGUCUCAUUGACAGCCGCUAGAGGGCUUCCGCGCUUCCGCGCUUCUCACUGUGAUUUUGACAGUGAGAAGACGCCAGUGUCCAUAGUAAAGCAUUGUGAAUGCUUUCCUAUGGAGUGGCUGAAUGCGCGCGCAGCUCUUGCUGCGCAUUCAGCCGAAGAGGAGGCGGAGAGAAGGUGGAGAGGAGGCGGAGAGCUACCCGCCCGGCGCUGGAGAAAGAGGUAAACUAUCUAGCCUGGCGGGUGGGGGCACCCUCAGGGCACUAUAGUGCCAGGAAAAUGAGUAUGUUUUCCUGGCACUAUAGUGGUCCUUUAAAUCGAAGCCUAUGUUUGGAUAAUCCUUUAAGAUUAUUUUUUUAUUUUGUGUAUUUUUUUGCACGGUAUUCUGCGCAUACCAGGAGUGGCCCAACUCCUCCUCUCUAUGGCUUAUUCACUAAAUGCUGAAUUAUAGCGAUCUGAACACUGAAAUGCAAAAUUAGACAAACUAUGCUGAUUUGCUAAAUAUUUCUAACUCAGCCUAAUUACUUUAGCCUAAAUUUUGUAGUUGGGUUUUUAGUUCAACUUUUCACUGAUUAAUGAAUGAAUAAACCCUUUUGAUUUUCACAAGAUUUAAGAGGUAUUUAUAUUGCUGCUUUCUGAGUGGCAAUCAGUCUGAUGAAGCUGCUUGUGACUGAAACGUAAUCACUUUUCCUGAGAUGUGUCAUUAAUAAAACUGCCAAUCCUGUGAUUGGAAACCUCGGUUUGUGAAACUUGGAAUGUGAUGCAGUAAUCUUGUUUGUCCUAUUCUCGCUGCAUUGGUAAAAGACAACCUAACAAACCUGUCUGAUAUGAUGUAUAACUUGGUGUUUUAUAAACCCCUGAAGAGUUUUUGUCCAAGUGGGACUUAUGCUGAAUAAUCAAUUUAAGUUAAUUAAAAGAACACUAUAGUGUAGGAAAUUCAAACAUGUGUUCCUAAGGCUUUAGUGUUCUCCUCCCUAUUUAGAUUCAGGGCCUCAUACAUAAAAUAAUAAAAUAAAAAAGACACUAGAGUUGUAUUACAGGUAAACUGUGGGUUAAAACCACAGUGGCACUGCACCAAGAACGAUUCACUGAGACGAAAUGGUCUGGGUGCCUAGCAUGUCUCUUUAAAUGUUUUCGCUGGGAUCAUAUUGAACAUGCUCACCGUUCUGUGUGUUUUAUUCCGCCCUUCAAAAUAUAAUAACCUCCAAAGUCUGAUUAUAGGCAAAGUUAAGGAAAUGAGCUUUGAUCCGAAAGCGAAAAUGCAGCGUCUGCAAGAAUUCUGGAUCAGCCGGGCAAGUGCAGAACAAAGAAAGGGCCGUGCUGGCCGGACAGGCCCUGGCGUGUGUUACAGGCUCUACGCUGAGUCCGAUUAUGAUGCUUUUGCCCCGUAUCCUGUUCCAGAAAUUCAGAGAGUGGCCUUGGAUGCUUUGGUUCUCCAGGUAUUACGCUGAAUUAGGGAUGGGUAACCGUUAAUGUUAGUGUACAGGCCACUUACCCUUCUAAUUUAGUCAAACUAAUGUUUAUCUUUUAUUACCCUCUGAAAUUAAUAUAAUGUUGUUCUUUGUAAACGACUGUCCAGCUGUGACUUUGUCUCUUUAAUGAAUGGUAGCUCUCAACCCUCAUUUAGAGCUGCCAUUUUGGCUAGCAGGUUCCAUUCAUACCAGUAUCAAUAAAAGGUGAUCCAUUGUUUUAUCAUAAGUGGAAAUAAAAGAAAUGGUGAGAGCACUCAAAUAGAAUUACAAUAAAAUUUGAUUGUAAUUCUAUUUGAGUGCUCUCACCAUUUCUUUUAUUUCCACUUAUGUCUAUUGUAGUGGUGAUUGUAGCACCAGUGUUUGUUCAUUUAUUUUUUCACCGUGUGUUUUAUUGUUCAUUGUUUUAUCAGAUGAAAAGUAUGGACCUUGGGGAUCCCCGCUCCUUUCCAUUUAUUGAACAACCCCCCAUGUCAAGCAUAGAAACCGCCAUUUUGUAUUUGAGAGAUCAAGGAGCUUUAGAUGCCAACGAGGAGCUGACGCCCAUCGGGAAGCUGCUGGCCAAACUCCCUGUUGAUGUCGUGAUCGGUGAGCAUCUCAAUUGCCCUAAAAUAAAAUACCUGCAAGGAACAUGUUUAGGAGCAAUACAUACGUGGCAUCAUUUUCAUUUUAACUCCUUUCUCACAUCUUUUCUUGAAUGGGUUCUGCUGUGGCCUGCGUGUGGAACCAUUUCAGCCAGGGAUAGACUAGAUUAUUUUAGGUCCUUAUUUUGCUUUACCAAUAUAAAGACGUGUUUUGAUAUGACAGACAUCCUUAGUUAGACUAUUUAUUUAUAUAUUUUUAACAAGUGAGUUAGAACCAAAACACCAAAUCCGUUCUCAGGUGUGCAUUGAUUAAUUAAUGACUUCCCAUUUUAAAGAGGAUUUUUAAUAUUAUCUUGGUUUUUCACUAUAUUUAACAUAUUGUGAGUUGUAAAAUCCACACCUCUUUAUCCUCCAUCUGGAAGCCUCCAUCUUGGCUCCUUGAGGGCGUAUAGAGAGUAGGAGAAAUGAAACAUUGUUUCUAUUUCUCCUCUUCAUUUGCAUUGUGUGCUCUGUCUGUGCCAGGGCAGAAAUGGAUUUAAUUAGCUAGAUCUUUAACAUAAAAUUAAAAGAAUAUUCAGUAUCAUAUGAAAAAUAUUAGCAUAAGAUAUUUGUGAUUUUGAUGUCUUAUUCAGUAAUUUCCAGAGAAGUGACACAUUAUUCAAAUUUCUGUGUUGUAGGAAAGAUGCUUAUAUUGGGGACACUUUUCAGCCUUUUGGAGCCAGUGCUGACUAUUGCCUCGGCUCUUAGUGUGCAGUCUCCCUUCCUCCGCUCCGCCACCAACAAUCCAGAGUGCGCCACUGCCCGGAAACCGCUGGAGAGUGACCAAGGAGACCCCUUCACUCUGCUUAAUGUCUUCAAUGAGUGGAUUCAGGUUAGAAUCUAAGGUUUAUUGUUUUGACUGAGCUUCGAAACUGAUACCUGUAAACCUUGAUCCUAGAGCAGACCUAUUAAUUAAUACACUGUGACCCUGGGAGGGACUGACCAUUAAACAUGUCGCUGUCAUUAGUACGCUGUGACCCUGGGAGGGACUGACCAUUAAACAUGUCACUGUCAUUAGUACACUGUGACCCUGGGAGGGACUGACCAUUAAACAUGUCACUGUCAUUAGUACACUGUGACCCUGGGAGGGACCAUUAAACCUGUCACUGUCAUUCGUACACUGUGACCCCGAGAGGUACUGACCAUUAAACAUGUCACUGUCAUUAGUACACUGUGACCCUGGGAGGGACUGACCAUUAAACAUGUCACUGUCAUUAGUACACUGUGACCCUGGGAGGGACUGACCAUUAAACAUGUCACUGUCAUUAGUACACUGUGACCCUGGGAGGGACUGACCAUUAAACAUGUCACUGUCAUUAGUACACUGUGACCCUGGGAGGGACUGACCAUUAAACAUGUCACUGUCAUUAGUACACUGUGACCCUGGGAGGGACUGACCAUUAAACAUGUCACUGUCAUUAGUAUACUGUGACCCUGGGAGGGACUGACCAUUAAACAUGUCACUGUCAUUAGUACACUUUGCUUCCAGAAUAGAUCAUCAUGUUUCAUGUGUAUCUAGGUAAAAUCCAGUCGAAGCAGUAACUCCAGGAAAUGGUGUCGUCGGCGGGGACUGGAAGAGCAACGUUUGUACGAGAUGGCCAACCUGCGGCGUCAGUUUAAGGUUGGUAUUUGAGCAGUGUUUUGCAGUUUCUAUGGUCCCCAAAAUAAUUCCAUAAGGAACCACAGAAUGAACAUCUUUCUGCAUAUCAUAUUUCACAAUUUUUUUCUAGGUUUUAAGUGCAUUUGUCAUAUAAAAAUUCCCCUGGUUUUGUCAUAUAUUAAAGGGAUGCUAUAGUCACCAGAGCAACUACAGCUUAUUGAAUUUGUUCUGGUGAGUAGAAACCUUCAGGCUUUUUGCUGUAAACACUGUCUUUUCCGAGAAAAUGCAGUGUUUACAUUACAGCCUAGUGAUAACUUCACUGGCCACUCCUCAGAUGGUUGUUAGAGAUCCUUCCUGGGUCAUGGCAGCCUAAAAUGCAUCCAAACAUUCCGUGUCUCCUCCCUCUGCAUGCAUCCUCAUAGAUAUUCAUUGAUUUUUAGCCAGGGCUGUGUUUGAAUUGUGCUGGCUCUGCCCCUGAUCUGCCUCCUUGUCAGUCUCCGCCAAUCCUUUGGGGAAGCAUUGUGAUUGGCUGAGAUCACCACUUCUGAUGAUGCCACCCAAGCAGGCAGGCCAGCAGCAACAGACUGGAAUAAAUGUAUGUUUUUACUAUAUUUAGGGGUACAAGGGGGCUAGGUGGUGUUUUUAACACUAUAAGGUCAGGAAUACAUGUUUGUUUUUCUGACCCCACAGUGUUCCUUUAAAGUGUUUUCUACCAAAGUGUUUAAUGGUAAUUGAUUUUACUUUCACUCCAUAUAAAGCACAAACCUUUAUUUAUUUUUUUUAAAAUAAAUUAAAAAGUACCACCCCCAUUACAGCCCAUUGCAGUUGUUUUGGUGGUAGUACGAAGUGGACGCUGACAUGCUGUUCUGUGUCAGCUAACACUCCCAGCCUGUCCUUGCCAAACGAACAUGGUGGAAAUUGAUAUUACUUAUAUUAAACUGUAAAUACUUUUGGCCAGUGUUUCAGCAAAACUCCAAUUAGAUUAUUAAACUCUUCUUGUUUAGGGUUGUGAUUCUAAUUUAAUUGUGUUACUGAGUAAAAAUGUAACACUGUUUAAAGGUGGAAAGAAGUCUCAUGUGCAUUAAGAACCACAAAUCUGUGAUCUCUAAUAAUUUAAAAAAUUUACCAUUUUUGAUUUACUUUAAACAAAGCAUAUUUAAAAUUGAUCAGGAUUAUGAAAGGGCUGGUAUCGCUAAUAUUUUCACUGCCAGUUGCAUAGAAACCAUAGAAGGAUUGUGUUAAAACGCCCAGCUUUGUGUUUGCCAUGAGGUGGCAUUGUCCACUAUGACGUGUCUUUUGUGCCUCAUUGGAUCUUUUUAGGCGCUGCUGAAAGACCACUGGAUGCUGGAAGAAAGCGGCGUUCCCACCAGAGAUCGUCAUAGCCGACAGCGACAGCACAGAGAACGCAAGGAGCUGCACCAACUGAAAAGGCAACACGAACGAUCGGAGAAACAAAAACGCAAAGUGCUCAAACUGCAGGACCAGGAUGGGGGAUCUUCCAGUGAUGGGGAGGAGCGGUCCCAUGCUGAUGGCACAGAAAGCGUGGACAUUCAGGUAAUUGUCUUGAAUCCCGUGAUGCCAUUCACGAUCUCUCAGGCACGUCGUGAUAUCUGUCAGCUGAAGGCUAUAAUCCUAGCUUGCCAGAACCCCCACUCCCAGAACUGAACGCUGAUGUUUAUUAGACCAUGGGAGUCGUUCUGUAACACUCAAUAAUCCAAUCGUUACUCUGCGGGCCUAACUUCCGUUAUAUAUCUAAUGUUUCCUUGCAGGAUGUAAAGUUUAAGCUGCGGCACAAUGUGGAGGAACUUUGUGCAUCUAGUACCGGUCAGGAGCUUUCAGGUUCCCAGCUGUCCCUGCUCAAGCUUAUUGUGUGUCAUGGACUGUACCCCCAACUGGCAGUGCCCGACAGUUUCAACAGCUGCCGCAAAGACUCUGACCAGGUUAGAAUUCAUACCUUACAAUACCUGCAGAGAGGUCUGAAAAAAUAAUGUCACUAUCAUUAGGUCACUGUGCUCCUGCAUGGGACUGUCCCUUUAACCCAUUAAACAUGUCACUGUCAUUAGGUCACUUUGCUCCUACAUGGGACUUUCCCUUUAAACCAUUACACAUGUCACUGUCAUUAGGUCACUUUGCUCCUACAUGGGACUGUCCCUUUAACCGAUUAAUCAUGUCACUGUCAUUAGGUCACUUUGCUCCUAAAUGGGACUGUCCCUUUAACCCAUUAAACAUAUCACUGUCAUUAGGUCACUUUGCUCCUACAUGGGACUGUCCCUUUAACCAUAUCACUGUCAUUAGGUCCCUUUGCUCCUACAUGGGACUGUCCCUUUAACCCAUUAACCAUGUCACUGUCAUUAGGUCCCUUUGCUCCUACAUGGAACUGUCCCUUUAACCCAUUAAACAUGUCACUGUCAUUAGGUCACUUUGCUCCUACAUGGGACUGUCCCUUUAACCAUAUCACUGUCAUUAGGUCCUUUUGCUCCUACAUGGGACUGUCCCUUUAACCCAUUAAACAUGUCACUGUCAUUAGGUCACUUUGUCCUACAUGGAACUGUCCCUUUAACCCAUUAAACAUGUCACUGUCAUUAGGUCACUUUGCUCCUACAUGGGACUGUCCCUUUCACCCAUUAAACAUGUCGCUGUCAUUAGGUCACUUUGCUCCUACAUGGGACUGUCCCUUUCACCCAUUAAACAUGUCGCUGUCAUUAGGUCACUGUGCUCCUACAUGGGACUGUCCCUUUAACCCAUUAAACAUGUCGCCGUCAUUAGGUCACUUUGCUCCUCUUUAACCCAUUAAACAUGUCUCUGUCAUUAGGUCACUUUGCUCCUACAUGGGACUGUCCCUUUAACCCAUUAAACAUGUCGCUGUCAUUAGGUCGCUUUGCUCCUACUUGGGACUGUCCCUUUAACCCAUUAAUCAUGUCGCUGUCAUUAGGUCACUUUGCUCCUACAUGGGACUGUCCCUUUAACCCAUUAAACAUGUCACUGUCAUUAGGUCACUUUGCUCCUACAUGGGACUGUCCCUUUAACCCAUUAAACAUGUCGCUGUCAUUAGGUCGCUUUGCUCCUACAUGGGACUGUCCCUUUAACCCAUUAAACGUGUCACUGUCAUUAGGUCACUUUGCUCCAACAUUUUACUGUCCCUUUAACCCAUUAAACAUGUCACUGUCGUUAGGUCACUUUGCUCAUACAUGGGACUUUCUCUUUAACCCAUUAAACAUGUCACUGUCAUUAGGUCACUUUGCUCCUAUAUGGGACUGUCCCUUUAACCCAUUAAACGUGUCACUGUCAUUAGGUCACUAUGCACAUUUUCAGGAUUUGUAUAAAAAUGUAAACUUACUUUUUCCUAUCUCCUUCCAUAAUUUUUAAUAAUCACAGAAUUAGUUUACAGUUGUGUCCAUGAUUCUAUCCCUUACUUUUCCAUUAGGUUUUCCACACAAAGAGUAAACAAGGAAUAGUUGUCCACCCCACCAGUGUCUUCUCCAGUAAUCCUGAAAUUCUUCAUGUUGACAGCGGCCAAGAAGAAAUGACUGUAGCAGGUAAUAUAACCCAUACUGCCCCCCAUACUGCCCUGAGCAUGGCAUGACUUGCUGAUUGGAACGCUCCUUUACACAUUUCCCUUUAUUGUAUUUUACAGAAGAGACCUCUGUAGACAAAGAAGGCAAAAAACUGAGUGAGUUUGGAUUCUCCACUUCCUUUUAUUUUAUCUAGGCUUUUCUUUACAUUGUUUAUUGAGAGACAAAAAGUCUGACCUUCGAUUAAUAGUUCUGGUGGGUAAAUGGAAUAGGUAAUUUAAUGGUUAUGUUGACAUUAGUGAUGGAAAAAAAUUAAAACAGUGUUUGGAACAGUAUGAGAACACGUGGUGACACCAUGGAAGAUGUGAUCAGACAUAGGGUGGGGACAUACGGUGAUGAGAACAUGAACGUUGUAUAUGUAUUGUGAGUUUUCUGGUAACCGCUUGUUAACAUUGGUUAAUACUGUUUGCAAUUUCAGAUCCUUUAGACUCCAGGAGGAAAGGACAGAGCACCAAGCAUCAGAUUGUGGGGUUUGUGUCCCUUCUGGAGACUAAUAAGCCUUACCUAGUAAACUGCAUGCGAUUGCCAGCUCUGCAGGUCAGUACUGCUUUAUAUAUCUAGAUAUGUAGGUAUGUAGGUUUUGUAUCUGUGUGCCACUAAUUAGAAACAAGUGAUUGUUCAUCACCCAUCAACUGCACAAUAUGCUCUUUAUGUUAGUCAUAUGCAUACUCUUCAUCUAGAUAAAUAUUAUUAGAUUAUAACAUACAGGACCCAGCAAACUCACUAAACACCAACAUCGAGGCUCACAGAAUGCAAUAGUUUUUUUUUAAAUAAUGGGGGUUUAGUUACAGUACAUGAUCAAACAUUGCAUAAGCCACAACGUCAAUGUACCCCAUUCUUGGCAGGUCCUACUCUAACAACCUAAUGUCUGCUCUUAUGAGAUUAAACCACUUCCUCCUGGGACGCUCUGCAGGUCAAGGCUAAAUAGGACCAAUACUUUCUAACAUAUCUUUCAUAUUAUUUGUUUUUAUAUUGAAGACCUCUGAUUUCUGGGAAGUUAAACAUUUUACGCACAAGCCAGUUCUGUUUAAACCAUUAAAUGUCUGUCUAUUUUACCCUGAGAUUUCCUGUUUUUAUUUUUUAUUUUUACACAGUACCUGAUCUAGUGAAUUAACUCAAAUCCACCCAUUUCUAUAAUUUCACAGAAUGUAAGCUGUAUACCUUUUGUUGAAUUGCGGCAGACUCAAAUCUUGGUGGUAAUGAGUUCUUACUUUGUCCCAGGGUUUCUUGCUCUUGUCUCGAUCUUUGGAUACGAGCGCUGACUGCUGCCGCAUUGUGUGCGAUGGUUGGAUGGAGAUAAACAUGGUGGAUCCUGAGGCGGCAUUGCGUCUAAUCUCCGAAGCUGUGCGUCUCAGGUUGGCCUGGGAGAAGCUUCUGAAAUCGAGACUAGAAAAGACUUCCAGUGUAGAGGAUUUUCAGAGAGGAGAUGAUCGGAGGAAGAAGAAAGAGAUUGAUCGCUUGGGCUACGAUUUAGUGGAUUACAUGAGAUCAGAGGUGUGUUGGACACUGUGGAAUGAUCUCACACACUUUUCUCUCUGUAACAUGCUGCUGUCUCCGUCUCAAUCAGGAUUUGAGGGUGAAAGUUAUCAUGUGGCUAAAAAUCACUGUAAUUAUGUAAUUCCGCAUUACUGCUAUCUGGAUACAAAAAAUCAUCAUACACAGAAAGUUCCAGAUCUGUCCAUUAAUGUUUUAAUUCUAAAUGUCACAAACAGAUUGCGACAUUUUAACCUCUUUGAGGUUGUUUUGUUUCUUGUACAGCAUGACAAGGACUUGAAGGAGGCCCACAUUCAAUUUAUCAAACUGGCUAUAUCGUCCAUGGGGCAUUAGCUGCCACCUUUGAUGCUGUAAAUUGCCAAAUGGAAAAUAUUAGUCUCGGUAUGUGGUAGGUGCGUUGACGUGACGUGAUGAUUUAAUCCCCCUGCAGGUAGCUUACAGUAUGAGAAGACUGGCCGCAUUGGAGACCCAGAACCUGUACGUUGGACCCCAGACUGUGGUUUCCACUCCCGCCUUGCCUGGGGUGUUUGGUAAUGUGGAUAUGAAGUUAGACCCUGUGAAAGGAGGCUAUCGAGCCACCAGCUUCCUGACCUAUAACUGUUUACUGGUAAGUGCAUGGGAAACCAGGGUUCCUGUGACAUCUCAGGUAGCAUCACUGAUGGGUAAUUUCACACCUAGCAGUUCAUGCAGCGUGCGCUGAUGGGUAAUUUCACACCUACCAGUAUAUGCAGUAUGGCCUGAUGGGUAAUAUCACACCUACUGGUACAUACAGCAUGGGUUGAUGGGUAAUAUCACACCUACCAGUAUAUGCAGCAUGGCCUGAUGGGUAAUAUCUCACCUACCGGUACAUGCAGCGUGCGCUGUGGGGUAAUAACACACCUACCGGUACAUGCAGCGUGGGCUGAUGGGUAAUAUCACACCUACCGGCACAUGCAGCAUGGGCUGAUGGGUAAUUUCACACCUACCGGUACAUGCAGCGUGGGCUGAUGGAUAAUUUCACACCUACCGGUACAUGCAGCGUGGGCUGAUGGGUAAUUUCACACCUUCCGACACAUGCAGCAUGGGCUGAUGGGUAAUUUCACACCUACAGUACAGUGUGAUUUGAUGGGCUUCUUUCUCUAUAUGUCAUUCUAGAACUUUUUCUAUUUUUAUUAUACAGAACGACACUGACUUUUACAGCGACUGUCUGCGUUCGUUCUGGACAUGUCCCAACUGCGGCCUCUACAUGCCAUUCACGCCCAUAGAGCGAAUGAGUCACCAAAGCUCCUGCAUUGAAGAGGGGAGCGUAGCGGGUAUGUGUGUCGCAUGUGAUUGAUUUUUUUGUAUUUUCUCUCCCUCACAAAACUUUCCUAAGAGAGAGAAACAAUUAAGAUGACAUUCUCCUUAAUCUGCAUCUGGCUUCCUUCUACUGCUUGUUCACAUUGAGUUAUGGUGUGCCCUGUGCAUGCGCACCAUGUCUGGUAGUAGAAAUCUUAGAGAAACACAAUAUUGUGUCUUCAGCAGCCAAUCUCUGUACGUUAACAGACACAAACAUCAACGUUUCUAGUGAACCUCUGGAAAGUCAGUAUUACAGCUCUCUGUCUUUAAACAUUUUAUACGUCUCCUGUAAAAUUCAAAUAAUUCUGUAUACAAACUUGCAAAAUAGAAAAUCAUUGUAAAAACUUUGCAGACAUGGGAAUACACCCAAGGAUCAUAUAACGUAUGCAAUUCCUAAAUCUCGAUCUCCGUGCUAGCUAAUAUGGGGAGUUCAGAGAUCACAAUAUCCAUGAAACGUUUGCUUUUUUUCACCCACAGAAAGUGAGGAGCAGAACAACGAAAUGGCGGCUGUGACUGCUCUACACCGAAACUACCACUGCGACAUCUGCCAGAAGGAUCUGAUGAUGACCAGCACGGAAAUCUUACGUCACAAGAAACAGCAUUCGAGUGAAACAAACUCUUAAACGGUAAGUAUGCAGCAGGAGCCAGAGUUUGUCAGCUUGCUCCGUUAAUUAAUUUUCUGACAUGAAAUCUGUCUUUUAUUUUAGUUGUGUGCUAUUCACAGUAAAAAAACAGGCGAAAAUAAAUGACUGAUAAAAUACAUUGAUACAUUUACACGUGCUCAAUAAAGUAGAAUUCUGAAGGUAUUUACAAACACAGCAAUGUUCCCUUGUUACUCUCACUAAUCUUACUUACUGAUCUUAAUGAAUACAAUCUGUUUAUACAGAGCUACAUGCUGCCCACAGAUUGCUCUCGGUGUGGAGGUCACUAUGAUAAGCUUGUGGAAGAAAACAUACUUUCAUCAAAUGCAGAACAAUCACAUACAGGAUUAUUAAUCAAAGUGAGAAUUGUCAGCAAUCCAAAAUUAAUUUCAGAUUUAAGGCCUUAGUAGCUGAGCUGGAAGCAUUACUGACUUUUUACUGAAUUUUUCCAGUAAUAGUUUUGAUAGUUUGGACUUAAAUGUGAGAUUCACUUUAACCCCUUAAGGACCAAACUUCUGGAAUAAGUGUCCUUAAGGGGUUAAAUUCCUAACAAUUCUCCCUUUUAUGAAUAACCCUGUUAGUAAAUAGGUUACUCCCUCCUAUUUUAAGUUACUUUGUAAGAAACCUCUCACCUGCUUUGCCUUAUACAUGACAUGUGUUCAUUCUCUCAGGAAUAAUCUGUGCCCUGUAAAAUGACCUGAUCUCUAACCUGGACCUGUGAAUAAUCUGUCAAGGUCGCCAAACAUUUUAAACAUGAAGCGGAGUGUAAAAAUGGCCAUAUAUACCAUACAGGGGGCUGUUACAUAUAUAACAUGCAGGGUUCUGUUACGUGUAUUCAUGAUGACCAUCAACUCUCUCCUCUUCCUGUCUCUCCUGUUUUGGGGCGUAAUGGCUCAGUGCUUACCUGGUGAAUGACAGCUGGGAGAAACUCUGUGCCCGCGUGUUUGAACACAGCAACAUGUACUUUGAUCAGUCGUGAGGUGGUAAUUAUCUCAACAUCAAGAAUGCUGAUGACUUCCCUUACAUGCCAACUGGCUGGCGGAAAAAGGUUUAAUCGCUGGUUGUUGGAAACCGUAGAGUUUGGAGUAGAGGGGGCAAAAGGGGUAAUACCCGUUCCUUCUCUGCUGGGAUUGUCUACCAACUGAAGGAUCUUAAAAAUGGCCUGUUUGGGAACUGGAACGAUGCCAUUCAAGGUUCUUACUGCACCUGCUAAAAAGGACUCUGGGGAGAGGAGAUUUCCUCCAGGUCAUUAAACAUUUACUGCUAUACAUGUCUCUGUGAUAUAAUACUAAACUAUAUGGCACCUAGUAUGAUUAUUUAAUUGUUUGUAUGUGAAGCAAAGUUUGUUAGUAAGUUUCAAAGGGGAAUUUUAAUGGCAUAAUUCAAGGGACACUCCAGGCUCCCACACACGUUAGGUGCACUGUGUAGGUUAGGUUACAGUUAGUUAUACUGGGUGGGUUUAUAUUAUUAAAGGGACACUCCAGGCUCCCACACACGUUAGAUGCACUGUGUAGGUUAGGUUACAGUUAGUUAUACUGGGUGGGUUUAUAUUAUUAAAGGGACACUCCAGGCUCCCAC